UUUAACUUCAUUUAAAGUCAAACUGCUGAUCAAUAAAAGAAAAUAAUAACCGAGCGCUGGAACCUGUAACAGGUGAUUCCGCCACAGCCGGACUUUAAUGUGCCUCAUUUUCGCGUGACAAACAUUCGGGGUGACGUGAGCAGCUGUUACUCGAUCACUGAGGAUUAUUGAUGAUCGAUUAUUGGGUUGUUUCAGCGCUGGUUGUGUUUGAUACAGAUGACGUGUUGAGGUGUUGCGCUUGCGCUGUGAUGUUUAAACCGGCUCGUUCUGCUUCUAUAAUCCAGGCUCGUGUUUGUUGUCAGGCGCAAAGAAUCCAGUUAAAUAGCCGCUCGGCUCCUGGGGUUUGAGCUGCUUCACAGGUCAAAAUGAUCCUUUACCGCACACCGAGCCCUCAGAUUCGCCAGUUUCCGGAAGCCUGCCGAGGGGCCGCGGAGUGAGGACUUCCAGUGUGGCGUGUGGUGGUCUCAGCGUGGCCCACCUGCGUCUCAGAUGUACCUGAAAGACGUUCCAGAGGAAACAAGGCCUUUCUAACAGGAAGCGUGCUGAACGCCAGCCCUGCCGUCGGCGCUCCACCACACCUGCAUCAUCUCCAUCCAGGUGUUCACGUUGGAUCCAACGCGUGUGGCUCUGCUCGCACAUUUCCCCAAAACGAACCCGUGAAACAGCCGUGCUGACGUCAGACAUCUGCAGGGUUAGGGAACGUUCAUCGUUAUGACACUGAACUCUGACCCUGAAGUUUUCCUUUAAGGCGCUCUGAUGACAUCCGCAGACGUCAUUACUGAAAAUCCCUGAAGGAGGAAGAACAGGUCAGCUGCCUCCUCCUCCUCAUCAUCAUCAUCAUCAUCAUCAUCAUCAUCAGCGCUGAGCCAUGGCAGGAGCCCUGCGGAUGACUGAAGCCCAGUUCAUCGGCGGCUACGAGCACGACCUGCAGCAGUUCAUGCCGUACGACUAUAUUCCAGUGGACAUAAAGACGGAGCCCUUCAUGCCUGAGACAGCUCACGGCCCGUACAUCCAGAUCAUCGAAGAGCCCAAACAGGUGAGACUCGCAUCGUACUUCCUGUUUCUCUACAAACACGACGAGGCAGCAGCGGAAACACGGAGACACCCUGAACACAUCGCUGACUGUGUUUCGCUGCAGUCACGACCUUUAUGUAGAAAAGACACACUGUGCAUAAUGGAUGAUGUCACUUCCUGUAGGUUCAGCAACCUGGGGAUCCUCCAUGUGACCAAGAAGGGUGUGGUUGAAGUUCUGAGCCGGAGGCUGAGAGAAGAGAAGAAGCGGCUGAAAGGACCGCACUGUCACCUGACAGAUGUCGAGGAGUCGGCCAUCGUGAAGGAGGCCAAGGAGCUCGGCAAGACGAUGGACCUGAACAUCGUCAGGUUAAAGUUCACCGCCUACCUGCAGGACAGCACCGGCGCCUUCACCCGAGCGCUGAAGCCCGUCGUCUCCAACCCCAUCUACGACAGCACUCUGCAGUACGCCAUCGUGUUCAAAACGCCGGCCUAUCACAGCACAGAGAUCGAGCGGCCCGUCACCGUCUUCCUGCAGCUGAGGAGGAAGAAGGCGGGCGACAGCAGUGACCCCAAACAGUUCACCUACAUCCCGCAAGUCCUAGACAAAGAGGAGGUGCUGAGGAAGAAGCAGAAGCCGCUGCCUCACUAUGAGCACUGGAGAGGAGGAAGAGGAGGAGGAGGAGGAGGAGCCGGGGGCUUUGGUGGAUCAGGAGGAGGAGGAUUUCAGUUCCACCAGGAGAUGAACGGCGCCGGGGGCGGAGCAGGAACGGGAGGCUUUUUUAAUGUCUCUUUCCCUGGCUUUGGUAAUGGGGGAGGGGCUCAGAUGUCAGGCUCCGCCCCUCAGUCAGGUGCUGCUCAGCAGCAGACCGACAGACAGACGGGAGGACAGAGCGACUCGCCGCUGCGUCAGCAGCUCCUUCAGAUCGCUGCCGCCCUCAACAGCAGAGUCUCUCAGAGCGCCCGGCAGACCGCCACCGCCCUGCUGCAGUACUGCAGCACCGGAGACGCUCGCGUCCUCCUCGCCAUCCAGAGACACCUGUGUGGCAUCCAAGAUGGAAACGGAGACACGCCGUUGCACCUCGCCGUCAUCCACCAUCAGACAGGUGUGAUCCAGCAGCUGAUCCACACGCUGCUCAGCAGCCAGCAGCAAGGCAUCGUCAACACCGCCAACCACCUCCAGCAGGUAAGCUCCUCCCCCUCCUGUCUGUUCCUUCAGAAACUGGCAGAUCAGGUGUUUUCAGCAGGUGAACUGUGUGUGGCUACAUCACCUCUGCAGGUCAGGAAAGUGCUGUCGCCAUCUAAGAGCCCGAAGUCGGAUCGGCGCGGCGGCGGGAACAUCAGACCGACGACCAGCAGCGCUGAAGAGGGGGAGCGCGCGGGGCUCGACGAGGACACGCUGUCGCGGCUCGUGGACGUGCUGAGCGUCGGCGACGUCCCCUGGAAGAAACUGGCGGAGAAGUUGGGCAUGAUGACGCUGACUCACCUGUACCAGGACAGUCCGGCGCCCUGCCGCCAGCUGCUGCGCCAUUACAAGCUGGGUGGAGGUGCAGUCGAAGGCCUGGUUGAAGCUCUGCAGUCUCUCGGUCUGACAGAAGGAGUCCGACUGCUGAGGAACGCCGAGCUCCGAGACGACAAACACAACACAGACGUCACUGUCGACAGCGGCUUCGGCAGCCAACCAAUGGAGGACGUGGAGCCGCCCGCGGGCGUGCAGUGACGAGUGCGUCACGAGCACCAUCCUUCUGCGAUCCAUCAGAAACCUGCGGCGGGUUUCGGAGAUCGGACUGUAAACGUUUGCUUCCUGUAGGGUCGAGACGAACAUUUGAAAUCCAGCUCAGCGAAUCAAGAUGAAGUUUUUCAUAAAACAGAGGACGGACGAAUCGGCGCUGAAACUGUACCAUAGAUGUCAGAGCGUGCUCUUUUUAACUUAUGUUUCCUUUUCCUGUAAUAAUUUUACCUUAUUAAAGAGUAUGUGUGUCGUGUCAAUAACCUUUUUGAAAAGUUGGGUGGAUGAAAUGAUCAAUAAAUCUGUUGUUUCACUUUCA